ACGUCGUUUAUUCUCACGUCCGUCCGCAGACAAACUCCUAACCUUUAACGGUCUUCUUUAACUCCGCCUUCCAUGGCUUCUUGUGAUGAUGAUUUCUCUCUACUCGGUGACGAUAACGCCACCACUUCAAACCCUAACCCUAACCUAAUCCACCACCGUCAGUCCUUCACCCACCGUAACCUCUCCGCCCCAAACGACGACGAUGACGACGUCGUUUCAGCUGACGCCGACGGCUACAGUGAUGGAGCCUUCUGUUCAUCCCAACCAAAUCCUAAACUAGCCAACGCUAGCAACGCCACGUCUUUUCACGUCGUCAAUGUUAACCCGUACGAUCCAGACCCGAACCCGUUCGACAACGAGCACGACCCAACCAAAUCUCGCGCGAAUAACCACAAUCAUACCCCAAAUGACAAGCGUAGUGAUCGCGAAGAGGUGAGCGACAGCGGAACUCCUUAUUCGUACAAACGACCGAGAGUGAGCAGUUCGGCCACCGGCGGCGAGUAUAGGAAGGAUAGGGAGGAAUGGAGCGAUACGGCGAUAGCGUGCUUGUUAGAGGCGUACACGGAGAAGUUUAUGAUGUUGAACAGGGGGAAUUUGAGGGGAAGAGACUGGGAGGAGGUGGCGGUGAUGGUAAGCGAGAGGUGCGAGAAGCAGACCAAGAGUGUGGAGCAGUGCAAGAAUAAAGUGGAUAAUUUGAAGAAGAGGUAUAAAUUGGAGAGGCAUCGGUUGAGUAACGGUGGUGUCUCAGCAAGCCACUGGCCUUGGUUUAAGCAGAUGGAGCAGAUCGUCGGGAAUUCGUUGUCCGGAAAGGCUGCAACUGACGAUGAUAAGUCCGUUGGAGGAACGGCGAAUACUGGUAGACAGUCCAAGAGAUAUGGAACAACAACUGUAAGUCCUGGUCCUCAGAUCAAUAGCAUAAAGUCGAAAGCUACCAGCGCUAGAUGGCGAAGAGUGGUCUUCAAAAUUAGUGGUGGCACUCUAGCUGGGACAGCACCGCAGAAUAUUGAUCCAAAGGUGGCCAUGCUGGUAGCUAGAGAAGUUUCAAUAGCUUGUCGUAUGGGUGUUGAGGUACCCACUCGAAAGCUUGUUGUUGGUGGUCGUAACUUCUUUUGUGGACACACAUGGGUAACGACGACAGGGUUAGAUAGGUUUGCUGCAUACCAAGCUGGAAUGAUGGCAACUGUGAUGAAUUCUAUACUGCUACAGUCGGCCUUUGAGAAAUUGGGCGUGCAGACGCGUGUCCAAAGUGCAUAUUCAAUGCCUGAGGUUGCUGAGCCAUAUUGUAGGCUUCGGGCUAUCCGGCAUCUGGAAAAAGGAAGAGUUGUGAUUUUUGGUGGUAUUGGAGCUGGCACAGGGAAUCCACUCUUCUCAACUGAUUUGGCUGCAGCCCUCAGAGCUUCAGAGAUUAAUGCGGAUGCUGUCUUAAAAGGCACAAAUGUGGAUGGCGUCUUUAUUUGUGAUUCUAGAAACAAUAACAUUGCAGCUGAUCAUAUUUCCUUCACGGACUUGGCUUCUGGGGGCGCCUGCCCAAUGGACAUGAUGGCUAUAAGAUCCUGUGAGGACAACGGAAUUCCUGUUGUCAUUUUCAAUCUUCAUGAGCCUGGGAAUAUAUCAAGAGCGCUAUGCGGAGAACAAGUUGGUACACUGAUUGAUCAAACAGGAAGUGUUAACUAGUCUUUUAGGGGCUAUGUAUCUCAGUGAUAUGAUGUGUACGUAGCUGUUGAGCCUUGUUGUCGCCAGAUGUCUCGCCAAGUUAAUUUUGUAAAACACUGAGCAUGCCUUUUUCUCAGCUGCUCCUAAUCCAUUUCAACUGGUGAUCCAGGCAUCACACCUGGCCGACAACGGCUUGCUCAAA